GCUCUCGUUUCUGGUACGGCAUUCGCUACUUCGUUCUCCAGCAAUGCGUCUCACAAUCAGUUCGUUGCUUUUGGUGUUCGUACUCGUUGCAUGGGUUCAAGCCGGGAGCAAUCAGAGAAUCGCUCAAGCAAAAUGUCAAGACUACCACCACCGGGCAAAAUCAAACGAGUUAGACAAUUGCCUAAGGGGAGAAUAUCCGCACAUCGCCUUCAUUGGGUGGAAAACGGAAAAUGAUCCCGACAUUGGCUGGAAAAUGGAAAACGAUCACGACGACUACAACUUCCUUGGAUUUGGUAAUUUAAUCAGCGAACACUACAUUUUAACUACUGCCCGCAGCACAUCGUUCCAGCAGAAGAAACCGGAUAUUGUCCGUUUGGGGGCGAUGGAUUUGGACUACUGGAAAAAUCCUGACGCUACAGAUUAUGAGGUGUCGGAAGUCAUCACCCAUCCGAACUAUAACGAACGUUUGGCCUACAAUGAUAUCGGUCUGGUUCGGCUGGAUGAGCCCGUAAGCUUCUCGGAAAGUAUUCGUCCGGUUUGUUUGUGGGAUUCACUUCAAAUGAACUUCACUUCGCUUGUGACCACGGGAUUCGGUCGGGGUGAGUAACUGCGGUGCCAAGGCUCGGAGAACACACAAAACUACAGCUUUUGCGUGUCUUAAGGAUCAAAUGUGUCUCUAGUGUAAAUUUGGGUUUGAUGAAUCUGAUGCCAUUUCAAGAACGUCACAAUUUUGAGCUGUAGAUCGCCAAAGUUGUACAAAAUACUGUUUUUUUUUUUCAAUACGUCGAAAACGACAGUGGCGCUUACGCCAUUCUUGCGAGCAUGAGCAGUGUAGGAUAUAGUUUAGUAUAAAACGCACGAUUAAAUUUUGAUAAAUCAUCGAACUGUCGUUCUGCUGUACUUUGUACAACAGUUGUGAAUUAAAUGCUAUCAUUUUGCAACAGAGGGUACCUAUCGACAAUAUAUUUUUCUCAAGAUUCGAUUAAUAUUGGGAGGAUUCUCUUAAAAUACAAUAUGAAGCUUUAUUUGAAGUGUAGCUAACAGUACCCAAGCUAUAAUUUUUAUAUUAGAAGAAAUGCUGUAGUUUGUCUGGAGUAAUCGUUGGGUUAUUUUUAUUUUGCAAAACAAAGAUUGUUGAAUUUUGAAUCCAUUUCUAAUUAUAACUUGUCUCUGAAUACAUAUUGUGGAACUCAGUAACGGCAAAUAAAAAAUAAAGACUUGCAGUUUCCCAAAA